AUGACGGGACUACUGAGCCCACGGUUCGAGAAAUACGAUGCCGAAUAUCUUACAAAUUAUGUCAGCAGUCCUUCGAGGUGUCUCAAGGUCGUCAAAGGCCUUGUCUUCACAGGAUGUGCUGUUUUGUGCGUCCUCCUGUAUACAACUGUAGCCACGCACUCGGACUGGAAUAUCGUGUCAUCGGACAUUGGUCACUACACAAACUCCAAUCUUACAAUACUCACAAUACCUACGGCAUCAGUGGAUGCGGGGACCAAACACAAAGAGGGGGUCACAAAGUCUCUGCUGCCAGCCCAAGUGCCCCAGUACUACACAAUCCAUACGAACGAGCAUUACGACAUUGAUGUAGCACUUCGCACAGUAUUGAGCCUCUGUCCAGAUGAGGUCUACUACAAUGCGUUUACACAACCAAUCAAGACUGGCGGCGAGGAAAAGCUACACGAGACAGGAGUACGAGUGCGCAUGUUCAAGAAGUACUUUGACGCUUGGGAGUCCCUACAUGUGGUGACAGACAGCCUCUCCGACACAGCCUUUGUACGAGACGACGUGUUGCGAUAUAUCAGGGACUCGCAACACAUUUCGGCAUUCACCUCUGGAACACGAGUUGAGGCAAUGCGGCAAUACGAGACUUACCGCAGCUUCUUGUCAAACAUGUCCUCGAUUCUGUUCCCUUGGACAGCGCCCUAUUUCUCCGACCACAUGACGCUACAUGGACAUAUGUACAAUGCUGGUCGCGGCAUCGUCAUCUCUGGUAGUAACUCCCAAGCUUCUUACAUCAAGACUGCAAUUUCGUCGUUCCGUGCUAUGGGCUGCACACUACCCGUGGAGGUCAUGUACCUUGGCGAUGAUGACCUUGGUCAAGACAUCCGUGAUGACCUUGAGACCAUCGAAGGCGUCAUUACUCGGGACAUCAGGAAGAUGGUGAACGAUCAAGGAUGGGCCCUUGAGGGCUGGGCUGGCAAAGCUUUUGCCGCGUUUUUGAGCUCUUUCCGGGAAGUGAUCCUGCUCGAUGCUGAUGUAUUGUUCUUCGAGAAUCCGGAGUCACUGUUUGACGAGUCUGGAUACGUCGACACUGGCGCCCUCUUCUUCUCCGAUCGCACAGUUUGGCCGCAAGAUAAGAAGAGCUUCCUCCGAAAAAUCCUGCCAAGACCAAUCUCGAGCAAAGCAAGAGACAGCAGAUGGUGGAAGGGCGUGAGUGGUGAGAAUCAAGAGGCCGGAGUUGUUGUCGUGGACAAAUGGCGACACUUCUUGAGUGUUUUCCUGACUGCACGACUUAACGGUCCAGACCGUGAUGACAGCGACGCUGGAAAGGGAAGCUACUCUUUCUGGUGGGGCGAUAAGGAGACUUGGUGGAUUGGCUUUGAGCUCGCUGGCGACACAGACUACCACUUUCACCAGGGCGGCACUGGCAACAUUGGUAGUGUCAGUAAUACCGAGCCUAUCGAAAAAGCCGAGAAAGAGGAUAACCACAAAUCAGAAUCUACAGAAAUUGCUACAGAGGCGCCUCAGCAAAACACCGACAAAGACGAUUUCGAGGAAAGCCUGCGAAGCUUACGGGGGUCCGAACACGGCACAAGUGGGGAGUCCGCCACGCCAGCAGAUGAAUCAGAUACCUCGAAGUUGGAGUCAACAAUGGAGCAUGACGACAGUAUUGGUUUCUUGGCCCCUGCCCCGGAUGCCGACGAUGUCAUGAAAGCCAUCAAAGCCGCAGAAGCUGCAAGAGCCUCUCGACUUCCCACACAGCCAGCUCACUUCAUCUCACCCAAAGGCGACGACUUGCCAAAUGUUGUCAAGGAUGAACCACAACCCGUUGAUCCUAGCUUAGAGCUCGAGCUCGAGCCCGAGCGUUCACUUUCACGUCGCCACCUAACCAAGCGUGACAGCUGGUUUGACACUGCCAUGGAAAGAAAACGCACGAAUCUCACCGGUGCCGCAAUGCUCGAGCUCAAAGACCAAAAUAUCAUCCUCUGCUCACCACAACUGCUUCAUCUCACCACCAGCGGCCGUCCCAUGUGGUUCAACGGCUGGAUCCAAGACAACAAGCAUGAAGCCAGCUCUGAUAUCUCAGUCUUUGAGUUUUUCAUGAUUGAAAAGAAGAAGAAUGACGAGUGGGCUGAAUGGGCUGUUGGUGCAGACAACAUGUGCUGUUUGAAGGGCGAUAAUUUGCACGCACUGCAUGAGAAGGAGUUGGAUGCUUUGAAGCUGAUUGUGGAUAUUGCAAAAGAGAAUGGUUCAUUGAAUGAGGUGUUGAACAAAGAGAAGAAGUCAAACAAGAACAUUGAAUGA